AGUUAGUGUUGCUGCAGUGACUCAAGCGCAGAGUGGAGUGGUCGCCGGAGAUGCCUGACGGUCUGUACUGAGGAGCGGCUAGCAGCGCGAUGGAGCGGGCCAGGGACCGCUUACACCUGAGACGGACUACGGAACAGCACGUACCAGAGGUGGAAGUCCAAGUCAAACGUAGAAGGACAGCCUCACUGAGCAACCAAGAGUGUCAGCUGUACCCAAGGCGAUCUCAGCAGCAGCAAAUACCUGUGGUGGAUUUCCAGGCGGAACUGAGACAGGCAUUCUUAGCUGAGACACCAAGAGGUGGUUAAAGCAGUAUUGGAACAUCCAGGUAGCUGAUUUCCAAGUGAAAAAACAGGUUAGAACUGAUUGAGUCAUGGUUAGGAAUAAAUAGUGUGUUUGGAGGUCACUUAAUUACUUGAGAUACGUUAAAAUACAUUUUUUUUCUUAAAAAUUUCAUAAUUGAAUUUAAAUAAAAAAAUUCAUAUAAUCACAUUGCAGAAGGAUUAAAGAAGUAAAAACAAGCAAUAGGACCUUGGUCUUAACCCGACACUUAGUUUCCCAGUCAUUUUAGUGCAUGCUUUUUAGGUAGUUUAUUUGUAUCUAAUUUCUAUUGGUUUUCUAAUUAAUAUUAUAUAAACAUACUGCAUUAUAAAUGGAUGCUGAAUAUCCUGCUAAUGAAUGUUUUGUAAUUACCUUUUGUGAGAAACUUCAUCUUUUUCCUGGUAGUUUCAAUAAAGCUUCAGUGAACUGCCAAGCAUAACAUAUUAGAUAGGAUCAUUUACUCAGAUAUGAAGAUGUGAAAAUAAACUGAAUCAGAAAUAUUAGCUUAGGUACAUUUUCUAAAUUAUAUUUCAAAGUAUUAGUCUCCAUUACCCUGAAUAAAUAAUGGGAAAAAAAUGGAAUGCCAGUUACGAUACACUUUUACCUGCAUUGGUUGUUUUAAUUACGUAUCAUUUGUGCCUACUGAAUUAAAAUACACAUCACAUUCAUAACCAAAUAAACUAAAUAAUUUUCCAUGCAUAUUUACUAAU